AAUUGUUGAACGAGCAGGAGUAGAUCGCACCUUUCAGCACUCUGUUUACAGGAUGAAUCGCAGGAUUAACGAUAAGAUAUACUACUUCGCCCUCGAGCUCCCCGCCCCCAUGUUUUCCUUUUCCGAUGCCAUGCAAUCCAGCACGUCGGGCACUUGGCAAAUGAAGCAGUUUAAGCGGGAGAUCUGGAUGAGGUUCCAUGAGCACUUAGAUGAGCUUAUUAAAAGUUGUCCACAGACCCGUAACAAAGUGGAUCUCAUUAUCUACAAAUCUUGCGAUGUCGAGGGUAAUCCUGUUGAUAUUAGCGAGUUGCUCAUAUCGCACAUGAAGAAAACAACUAAAUUAUUCAAGAAUUGACCUACUAACCAUUCCAGGAGGCCAACAGGAGAAAUACUUAAUAAUCUCUCAAUUAAGACUCUCUAAAUGGAUGCCAAUUUUAGUUUCUAAUGUGUUUUCUUACAGUUUGAACUACAACUAAUGAUAAUGUUGAGUGUAAUAAAUAGAUGCUACUAGCUGAAAAAA